CUCUCCUCUCAUAGCCACAUCUGCUUUGCUGCCGUCCCGCCCCUGCCCUGAGCUGCCUCCCCUGCAAGUCUCCCUCCGACCCAGCUCCCCACGCCCCGGGAUGGGGCUGCAGUCAGGGCCGUUUGCUGGGCAGCUGCUGGAGCUGGGAACAGGCCUGUUUGAUGUGUGCAAGGGAGGACAACAUGGGCCAGUGCCCACCAACACACUAUCAGCCUCCCUUGCUAAGGCAUCGCAGGUGCUUCGGCUGAGCCCUUGGGGCAAAAGAAAAAAAAACAAUGAGGUCAUGGGGGGGGGGGGAAGCUGCAGGGCUGAGGCCAGAGCAAGCCCUGGGAGCUGCAGAAGGGGCUCCAGGCUCACUGCCUCCCAAGCAGGGUCCAGUCUGUGGCUGUGCUGGAGGGGAUGGUCAGGGUCAGGGGGAGGCAGGAGGACUCAGGAGCUGCGGAGAUGAGGCCUCCUGAGGUCCCUUCCAACCCUCUUUGUCUCCAAUUCUGCCUGGUUUUAAACUAGCACGGCUGACUGCAUCCCUGCACUCGGGGUGGACAUGCAGGGAAGUGCUGGAUGUGCUCUCGAGACCGAGGAAGGUGAACUGUGUUUAUGAAUCUUAGUAAGAGACUUGUGCGACUCCGAGGACCACGGGACGAGUCCAACCGCAACUUGGGAUCAGAACUUGCCCUAUUUGUUGUGUUGAUGUGUGCAGGUGCAUGCCUCCGCAUGGGUCUUUAGAUAGAUACAUAUCUAUAUCUAUCUAUACGUCUAUCCUAUUUCUAUCUAUCUAGAUUUAUAUAUAUAUAUAUAUAUAUAUAUAUAUAUAUAUAUAUAUGUACACAGAUAUAUCAAUAUGAACAAUUUGCUGUGAUGGAGUGCCUCCUCCCCGCAAUGCCCAGGUGCUGGCCAGGAACUGGGGAGGGACAUCAGUCUACCUCUGACGUCAUGGGAGAGCAGCCUGUGUCACAGCCAGAGGAAGCAGGCAGCAGCUGCUCUGGGUGGCGGGAACUUGGACUGCAGCUCCCAUACCACCCCCCACCCCCUGGCAAAGGAAGAGGAGGCUCCAGGAUGGAGGAAGGGGAGGAGAGAGCAGUGUACAGGGAGCCAGGCCAGCCCUGCACAGAGCAGCGGGGGACUACGGGUUGGGAGUGAGGGGCACUGGCAGGGUUGGCAGGGGCUUGCAGGCAGCCGGGAGCCUGGACACUUCCCAAAGGCCCCAUGUGAGCGGUGGGAAAGCGAGAGCGCAGGCCCGGGCUGGGGGGAGGCAGAGAAGAUGACCAGGGGUGCACCGAUAUAUUGCUUGGCCACCGGUUCGGCACCAAUAAAAGGAGAAAUGACAUUAUUGGCUUUCGGCUUUUUUUGGUUGCUGUAGCUGAUAAUUACUGCCACGUGCCUAGAGCGUCAUGGUGAAGGUAGCUGGUCUGUACACCCUGCUGUCAGCUGGAGCCUGCAGGAGACUACAGGUCCUGAUUGCCCCGACGCAGAGGAGACCUGGGACCAAUGAAAGCUCCUGCAGCUGUUUCCACAGAUGAGGCCCUUCGCUAGGGGCAGGAUAUCAAGGCCCCACACCAGACUUAAAUUGCCACAUCCAGUGAAGGGAGAUGGAGCUCUGGGUCUGUGAUGGUGAUGAAGCUGGAGAAAGCUCAUUGUCUGAGGACUUAUCCACAGCAGAUGCUGAGAUACUGGACAGAGCUGAGCAGCAGCAGCCUCCCGAGGCAGGGCUUGCCAACCUGCAGCUGUUUCAGGCCGGAAACCAGCUCCACACCCAACAGGGACAGAGAACAGCAGGGGCCCAAAGUAGCAGGGAAGGAUUUGAAGGGCAGAGAGACCCGAAGAGCCACAAGAACAUGGUUCAAGGUGGGCAGGGGCUGCAUAUAUGUGGAGAGCCCAGUGAGAGCUUUGGGGACAAACAGGGACUCGGAGACCCCUGGAGGGAGGAUGCCCACCCCUGUGCUGAGCACAAGGACAUCUUCCACCAUACAUGCCCUCUCCUUGGGCACCCGCGAAUGCACUCAGGGGAGCACCCCCACCUCUGCCUGGAGUGUGGGAAGAGCUUUGUCUCCCUGAGCGACUUCCGAGUGCACCAGGGCAUGCAUGCAGGGGAGCUGCCGUACCGCUGUGCUGAGUGCAAGAAGAGUUUUACUGGAUGGGAUCACCUCCAAAGCCACACGUGUGUCCACACAGGGGAGAAGCCAUUCUCCUGCCUGCAGUGUGGAAAAAGCUUCACCGAUCGCUCAACACUCGCGCAACACCAGCGCUUGCACACGGGGGAGAAGCUCUUUUCCUGCAGCCAGUGUGGGAAAAGCUUCAUGCAGAGCUCCCAUCUCAUCAGUCACCUGCUUGUUCACACGGGGGAGAAGCCAUUCUUCUGCAGCCAGUGCGGGAAGAGCUUCAUGCAGAGCUCUUCACUCACCAAACACCUGCGCAUGCACACGGGGGAGAAGCCGUUCUCCUGCAGUCAGUGUGGGAAGAGCUUCACACAGAGCUCCCAUCUCACCAAUCACUUGCUUGUGCACACAGGGGAGAAGCCCUUCUCCUGCAGCCAGUGUGGGAAGAGCUUCACCCAGAGCUCCACACUCGCGCAGCACCUACGCGUGCACACGGGGGAGAAGCCAUUCUCCUGCCUGCAGUGCGGGAAGAGCUUCACUGAUCACUCGACACUCACCAAGCACCGGCGUGUGCACACGGGUGAGAAGCCAUUCUCCUGCAGCCAGUGCGGUAAGAGCUUUACACAAAGCUCCCAUCUCACCAAGCACCAGCGUGUGCACACGGGGGAGAAGCCGUUCUCUUGCAGCCAGUGCGGGAAGAGCUUCACACAGAGCUCCACGCUCACACAGCACCUGCGCAUGCACACAGGGGAGAAGCCAUUCUCCUGCCCGCAGUGUGGGAAGAGCUUCACCGAUCACUCGACGCUCACGCAGCACCGGCGCGUGCACACAGGCGAAAAGCCAUUUUCCUGCAGCCAGUGUGGGAAGAGCUUCACACAGAACUCCCAUCUCACCAUGCAUCUUCGCAUGCACACCGGGGAGAAGCCAUUUUCCUGCAGCCAGUGUGGGAAGAGCUUUGCACGGAGCUCCACACUCACCAGUCACCUGCAUGUGCACACGGGUGAGAAGCCCUUCUCUUGCAGCCAGUGCGGGAAGAGUUUCACACAGAGCUCCAAACUCACCAGUCACCUACGUGUACACACAGGGAAGAAGCGGUUCUCUUGCACCCAGUGUGAAAAGAGCUUCAGUGACAGCUCAGCACUUACAAGUCAUCUGCAUGUGCACACGGGGAAGAAGCCAUUUUCUUGCAGCUAACAUGGGAGGGCUUCCUGCAGAGCUUCAAAUGUACCAAUCGCUUAUGUGAGCACACGAGUGAGAAACCUUUAUCCUGCAGCCAGUGUAGGAAGAGCAGGUCGUCACUCACUGAGCACCAGCCCAGGUACUCUGGGAAGAAGUCAUACUGCUCUGCCCAGAAGUGUUUACAGCAGACCUCUGUCCUGAGCAAUCACCAGCAAACCCAUGGGAGCAGGAUCAUCGCAUUGAACAGGGGGCUUUCCCUCAUCCCCCUCGGCAGUGGGAGUUAGCAUCCUGCCACUGGACUGUAACACCUCGGCUCCCUCUUGCUUCUAUGUGGAGUUGUCCCACGUGGGAUGUUGUAGCUUCUGGCAGAAGCUGGGACAGAGAAGAUAACAGAUAAGAGCUAAGUUAUGGAGCCAGGUAGCAGAAAGGAUAAAAGCUGGGGGAAACAAAACCAAAGUUGCUCUGAAACAAAGGCAUCCUUUCUUGAACCAUCCAAUCCUAGACAAUUACCUGUGGGAGCAAGGUGAACCCUUCCUUUUCCUUGCUGUGGCUUUUGGGACAUCACCAUUGUCAUCUGUUUUUUACCAUCCUUGAUGAUCGUGUCACGUUCUACGUCAAUUGGACAGGUCUCUCGCUCCCGUGAAAGAACCAGUUUGGAUGAGUAAAGGGAAUAUCCAUGAAUCAGUUCUCAACUGUUUUGUCCUAUGGGACUCCCAGGCCUCUUCUGUGCUUCACUACUUUGCUUGUUGUAGGCCAGGACAGGAGUGCCGACAGGACUGCCAACCAGGGCAGUGCAGCGAGACAGGCCACAUCCCCGUUCCCAGCCACCACGUGCUGGUAGCUGGAGCAGCGCAGACAUAGCCCUGGGGUCAGGACAGCCAGGCCUUGCAGAGUCCAGGACAACAGAGGAGGCAGAUUCAGCAGCCGUGGCUCUGGGGGUCCUUUAGGUCCCAGCUGCAUCUGUCCCUUUCCCAAGCCAGUUCCUCACAUUGAUUUCCCUGGAUCCCCCACCCUUGGUGCACCUGUCCAUGCAGAUAUCCCCAGUCUUUGGGGCUCUUGGUGUUCCCCAAGGGAUCCUUCCAGAGGGGAACAGUUCUAGCUGCACUCCUGCCAGCCGUGUCUCCACCACAGGGACAGCCCCAUCUGCUAAUGCACCUUCCAGCCUCCCACUGCCCAAGUUAAAUAAGGUAACCUGUUCCUUUCUAUUGUGGAGCAGCCAGCGCACGCACAGGGCCUCCCUGACCUUCAACCCCAUGGCACAGAGCAAUGGGGCUCAGGGCAGGUGCUGCUUUUUUCACAGGCUGAACAUGUCAGAGAGGUGGCAGAGUCUGUGUCCUGGUUGGGGUCAGAGAGGAGCCCCGAGUCUGCCACCUGCGUUGGGGUUUGUGCUUAGGCAUUGGAGCACCUUCCAACAACAUUUUUUUGCCUUUCCUUGCUUUCUCCCAACUACAUCAAGCUGGCUCUUCUUACUGGUCUGGAUCCAGGAUAGCUUUCCAUCCAGGCCAGGGUAUGGCCCUGUCUUCUCCCACCAGAUACUCCCACCUAGUAUCUGCCCACAGCCUCCUUGUCUUAGGCGGGGACGCAGCGACAACACUUUGCUGACCUGGUCCCACUCACCCCUCAUUUAAAAGGAGCACAAGCCUGUGGGGGAAAAGGGGGACUGAAGGGUCUCAAGGGAUAUCAGAAAUGGCUAGAUCAUCUGGAUCUUUAAGGUGAUGCCAAUUCUUCCAGCAAGGCUGUGGGAAAGGUUGAGACCAAAUCAGCGGCACCAGGUAGAAAGCCUGAAGCACACUGCUGUUAAUGUAGCUCAGAAGUAACUAAAGCUGACUUUCACCUCUAAAAUCUUCUAAUUUUACAAUGAACUCACCUCUCAAUUGUUUUUUAACCACCCUAGUGUCAUAAGGACAUGGACUGCCAUUGUAGCCUUGGUUUGCCUGUGGUAGGUUAGUGUGGUUUUGCUGUCUUUGCACCAGGUGCCUUGGAGUUGUGUGGCAGGUUUGACUGUGUAGCUUUAAGGAUAGGUUAGGCAGGGACUUGUCUGGGAUGGUUUGAAUAAGGACAACUGUCUCAAGCAGGAGGUUGGACUAGAUCAAGGGUGGGCAAUUAUUCUGGGUGGAGGGCCGUUUACUGAGUUUUGGCAAGCCGAGGGCUGCAUGCCAGGCAGGCAGGGGUAGAUAAAUAUAAAUUUUCUGAAUUUUUUAGGGGCCCCACGGGCUGGAUAGAAUGGCCUGGUGGGCCGCAUCCGGUCUGCGGGCUGCAUUUUGCCCACCCCUGGACUAGAUGAACUGUGGAAGUCCCUUCCAACCCUACUUUUCCUUUUCUGUGAUCUGCUAAUGAGUAUGGUGUAGUUGUAAUUUUCCCCACAAAAAUGCUAGCAAAGGCUCGGUGUGUCCUGACAAUACCUGGCUAUGCCGGGAUCUAUUCCCGCUACACUUGUGGAAGCUGUUGAGGUGGAGACAACAGGAUGAGAGUGCAGGUGAACUUUCCCUCAAUUAACCAGGCCAUAGCAUGGACAAGGUGGGGCCAGGGGCCAGGAAACUCUUCUUUUGGGAUAUACGUUCUGCUGGAAAGUGAGCAUCUGUCGAGCAAACUGGCAUGGACUGGUCCCUUCCAUUCUUUCACAACAGAAGAUUCAUCAUAACCUGGCAGGAGAUGAGGUGAGGCUGGCCCACUUCAGGACAGUGGCUUACAUCAGCCAUAAUCUCCAUACAACUCUAUAACCAUAUAACUAGGGCCUGGUUUAAAUCAUGAGCCCAGCGUGCGACACAGUGGUUCCUUUAAUCUUGGGGUUCCCCCUGAAUGCCCCCCGCCGUUGAUUGUCAGAGGGGCCGCACGGCCCCACCACUUGGUCCUGAUGGCCUGGAGGCAAAAACUGUGGUUUUAAAUAUGCCACAGGUUUUGCCUCCUGCCGCUUGCUGCUGACCAGAUAGGAGGCAAAACCCGUGGCAUAUUUAAAACCGAGGUUUUCAUCUCCUGGCCACCAAGAGCAAGCAGUGAGCAACGAGGCCAUGAGACCCCUCCAAUCAGCAGUAAGGGGGCUGGGAGGCACAUGGCGGGGACUCGUCCCCCCAUCCCGUCCCUUCUGAUGCUCACGAUGCAGGGGUGCUCAGUGGGAUAAGGGAGUGCCCUCGACUUGCUGCCCCAUGGCUCUGGUUGGGCUGUCCUCCGGGGGGAGCACACUGGUGGCACAUUGAGGGGGCCUGGAUGAAGGCAGGGGGAACCCCUACAGGGAUUGGGGGAAGCCUUCUCUCUUUCACAGCAUCUUCAGGAUUUGCUGCUGCUUCUUUAAAUUGCUUUAAAUUUUAAUUUUGAUAUUCUGAGUUUCCUUUAAAAGGAGUCUUAUGUAAAGCCUGGAUGGGACAACUCUUACAUGCCAUGUAUUUAUUGUUUCUUUGGGUUUUUUAAAAAAAAAAGCAUGUGUGGUGAAGAAAAAAACCCAACCGUUUCUAGAAAAAGUAACCCCCCCAAAUAUUUUGCUGAAAACUAAGUUGAGAAAUAAAAUAUUUCAUGAAAAUCAGUAAAGAGGUUUGGUUUGGGGGGUGAGGGGUGGGGUGCUGAAAAACCUACUCAAACACGUGACUCAAGGGAGUAUGUCCCAUAAAACUUCCUUUUGCUCCCUAGCCCAAAAUGUUCAAAUGAAGAAAAAUUGGAGCAUCUUUGCUCUUUAGUUUAAAGGAAAAGACUUACCCCCUUGGCCAAGAGGGGAAGAGGCAGCCACGAGAAGGAGUGACAAGGGACCCAAGGGAGUCUCCAUGAGUGAGGCCUGGACCAGGUGAGAUGCAGAAAUUGCUGACAUGAAAAUGUUCACCCUUAACCUUCCUAAUCAUUGCUGUUUCUCCUUGCUUUCUGCCCUGUGGCCCAGCCAAAUCUCUCACCCAACCUAAGGCACAAAUGGAGGAUUAACAGCCCUCAUCCAUUUUUCCUUGACCAUCUUGGCCACAGCAUCUACCACAAGCAGAACAAGAGUGCGUAUUCAUGCUACAAUCACAUCUUAAUUCUGCUACAUAUAGAUACCCUCCAUUUAUCCAUUUAGAGAAAGCUCCAUUUAUCCUUGUGUCCUCCAAAGAAAGGUUUUGGAGCAGGAAGGUGAGGUUAUUGAGAAGAAAAUGUGGAAUGUACUCCUAAGAAACAGAUCACUAGAGCUGGGGUACCAAAGAGGCUUUGCAACCAAACAAGGGACCCUGAAUUUAGUCUGAAGGGAAGCCAUAACCCUUUGUGUGCAGAGGAUGUGAGCACACGUCCUCCUGACCACACUCUGACUGCUGGUGUGGAAAGGCUUAAAGCUGUUGCUAGCCUUGGCCAUUUUCAAGGGAUCUAGGCAAAAAUCCCAAAGCCUGUUUCUGCGUGACCAUAGUGUGAACCUUUGCAGAUGUGACAACUAACUUGGUCAGCAAGUAAAGGAAGCCAUCAAAUAAUUAACCAAAGCACAAUGCUGAAAGGAGAUAAGGGAAGAUCAUAUGUUAAAUAAUCCAUACACUAUAUUAUAGUUUUAUCUUAAAAUAAUUGUAGGAGUGGUUGAUGUAACCCGAUGUAUUAGAUGUUAUUUUGCUAUAAUAGAUAUAUUUUUGUUAAAAUGUUUAAACAUUUGUAAAAACAAAAACAGCCUUGUCAGAGAAGACCAUAAAGUAAGGUAAAAAAGAAACAGGAACAGCACUGUACAAUGGGGAAAGAAAGGAGAUAAGAAACCCUCCCUCUUUCGCAAGGAUAUAAAUCCCAACUGCUUGAUACCAAGUCCACAAGAGAUCUGGUUCAGUCCGGUUCCAAAAGUUGGAUCCCAGAUCCCUCAGCCUUUCCUCGUAUGGCUUGUCGUGUCAGAGUCUGAUCAUACAGGGGCUCUUCUCUGGACUGUCUCAAACUUGUCCACAUCCUUGUUGAAGUGCGGUGCCCAGACCUGGAUGCGGUGCUCCUGCUGUGGUCUCACCAGUGCCGAGUAGAGCGGAAGAAUCACCUCCUUGGUUUUGCUGGAGGUGCAUCAAUUGAUGCACGCCAGAGUAUUGUUUGCCCUGCUGGCUACAGCAUCGCACUGCCGGCUCAUAUUCAUCCUGUGGUCUAUAAUUACUCCCAGGUCCCUUUCAUUUGUGGUACUGGUCCGUUUGGUGCUGCCAACCCUGUAGGUGUGUUGGGGAUUGCUCAUCCCAGAGGUGGAGCACUUUACAUUUCUCAAUGUUGAACUUCACCAGAUUCUGAUCUGCCCAACUUGCCAGCCUGUCUAGGUCUGCCUGUAGCUGUAGCCCAUCUUCAAGUGUGACCACGCUCCCCCAUAACUUGGUGUCAUCUGCGAACUUGGUCAGUGAGCUCUUCACCCCCACAUCCAAAUCAUUAAUAAAGAUGUUGAAAAGUACUGGACUGAGCACCAACCCCUGCGGGACACCGCUGCCCACUUCUCGCCAGGAUGACACAGAUUUGUUCACUACAACUCUGGGUCCUAUCCUGCAGCCAGUUUCUCACCCACCUGACUGUCUCAGAGUUAAGCCUACAAUCCUCCAAUUUUCUCGCGAGGACAUCAUGGGAUACCAGACCAAAGGCCUUUUGGAAGCCUAGGUAUACAAUGUCAACCUGCUCUCUCGUGUCCAGGCGGCGAGUUACCUGGUCAUAGAAGGAGAUGAGGUUGGUAAGGCAAGACCUGCCUGCGGCGAAGCCAUGCUGGCCGUCAUUCAGAAUCUUAUCUUGUCAUUCGUACCAAGUGAGAUACUAUACUGUACUUCCUAUAGAGUAUUUUGGUCAUUCUUGAAUCUCCCCAGCUGGUCUACAUGAGAAUCUAUGCUGUGCUGUUGUGGGUAGCUGGAUAAGCUUUGGGAUAAAUGUUUGUUCCCAUGUUUAAAGUGCAAGCGAAUAAAAAGUUUGGACUGCAGACCCCUUUUCUGCCUCUUUUCUCAGUAGCCUACCCACAGGGUUACCUGUAAUCUGGGUAACAAAGCUUACCAUGAAAACCAAACUCAGACGACUGAAGAUGGUCUUUCAUGUUGGCAAAGCCAAAAUUAGACACACACAAAAGGAAACAAAACAAAACAAAACAAAUGACCACCCCCAAAACGUGCCUUACUGGAAAUGCUCUAAGGGCUGUUCAACAAGUGUCACCCUACAGAUCUAAACCAUCCAGCAGACUGGAAUCAGGUAUAUUCAAACCUAUCUUAAUGUCUUGAAAAUGCUUCACCUUUGAAAAAAAACCAGAAGAGGUGUUUACUUUUUAAAAUUGAUCUUCCUGUAAUACUUCAUUUAAAUACAUUUUACAAAUGACAUUUCUUGUGGCAUUUAAGUCCUAAAGUAUAAUUGGAGAAUAUUUUCACUGGGACUAGCAAAGAGAAAACUGACAGGGGGCUGGUGCAGGGCCAGACAGGACAGGAGGAGACUGCUGUCAGAAGCAGCAAAUUUGCCCCCAAAUGGGUGCAUGUUGAGGGUCUUCUGUCCUUCCUAUAGAGUAUUUUGGUCUAAGAAAGGUGUUUCAUUUUUUGAUUUUCUAAGAAACAACCACCAUAGAAGCAUACUUCUGAGUGGAGUAGGUGCCACAAAAGGGUAUUUCCUUCAAUUUACAACAGGAGUUUCUUUAACGUCUCUGCCAUCCACUGGAAAUAAUGUUUUUCUCUAGUACUUGUUACUAUUUGAGACACACAUUAUCCAAAAGUAGUACAAUCCAUUCCCAAACAUCAAACAAGUUGUACAACUCUGUGCACUUUUAUAUUUUCUUUUAUUGCUAACAUAGUGUAACUAUUUAUCCUUGAAAGGUCUUGAGAUCUAAAAACUACAUACAUAUUGCCAGCAAAAAAAAAAGUCUCCAUACUGGAUGGCCUAGUCCCUCAGCCUGAGAGCCUGAAGAAAAUCCAAAAGGCCAGAAGUGAAUAAAUGCAUCUCUUCAGCAAUCCCUUGCAGUCAAGGAUGACUGCCUUCCAUGAUUGUCCUAUCUGUGGCUCUAAAGAUGGCUGAUGAGGUCAAUCUGGAGUUGACAGACUCUGUUGCAACUUGGUCACAUUUCCAUGCAGGGUGGAUGGCUCUGGAGUCUUGAUUCGGUCCGCAGCACGCUUCCGGUUACUCCUGCUUUUCCAUCUCUUGUUGUCAUCUUGUUACAGCAGUCUCUUCCUACAGUUGGGGUGGUCCUGGGCAAUAGUCCAUAUGAGUUGAUGUUGAUGUUGCAUUUUUUCAAGUUUGCCUUGAGGACGUCCUUAAAGCACUUUCUCUGCCCUCCUUUUGCAUGUAUGUGUUGAUUGAGAUGGGAGGAUAAAACUUGCUUUGGGAGUCUGGAGCUGGACAUCCAGUUGAUGUCAGAUGAACAUUGCCUCAAUGCUUGUGGUGUUUGCUUGCAAGAGGACACUAAUGUUGGUGUUUCUUCCCACUGGAUUUGAAGGAUCUUCCAUGGACAGCAUUGAUGGUACUUCUCCAGCAACUUAAGGUGUCUCCUGUGUGUUGUGCACAUGUCAGCUCUGUACAGCAAGGUGGGGAUUGGAACUGUUUGAUAAACCAUGAGCUUGGUUUUGAAUCUGAUGCCAUGCUCUUCAAACACCUGUUUCCUCCAGUGUCUGAAAGCUGCACUUGCAUAUUUGAGGCAAUGUUGAAUUUCUUUGUUCAUGUCAGCUUCAUUCAUUUUGUCCAGGUUAAUCUGUGAACUAUUCCAAACAGGAGACGCUACCACACCUUCUGCUCUUCUGAGAAAUAUGAAUUUUCAUUUCUACCUAGGAGAACUUGUACCAUAUCUGCUCUCUCCUCUGCCUGAUGAAGGGUGUGCGCACCUGAAAGCUUGCAAAUAAUUCAAAUAAUUUGUUUGCAAAUAUCUAGUUGGUCUAAUAAAACAUGUCACCUCA